AUGGCCGACAACUGCUGCUCCCCCGGCUGCCAGCCAUCUUGCUGUGUGCCCGUCUGCUGCAAGCCCGUGUGUUGCAAGCCUGUGUGCUGUGUUCCCGUUUGCUGCAAACCCUCGGCCUCUUGCUGCCAACCGUCUUGUGUCAAAGAUAGUUGCAGCAGCCCAGCUUGCUGUGGGUCCAGCCCUUGCCAGCCAUCCUGCUGCCAACCACCUUGCUGCCAGCCCGUGGUGUGUGUGCCCAUCUGCUGUAAGCCAGUGGUCUGCUGCCCCACUUCCUGCUGCCCACCCGUCUCCUACCCCGAUGGCCAUGGCUACUGGAUGGCCGCUGACAGUAUGGCCACCACCUUCUGCCCUGGGCCCUGCAUUCCCACGGCCUCCACCGUCUCCAUCUGCUCGAGCGAGGGCAGUGGCAGGAGCCUCAUCUGCCUGCCCAGUUCUUGCAACGUUUCGUCCUAUGCCCUGGACAACUGCCAAGAGACCUGCUGCGAACCUCCCUGCUGCGCGCCAUCCUGUUGCGAACCCAGCUGCGGCCAGCCCGCUUGCUGCAGCACGUUGUGUUGCCCACCCAUGUGCUGCGUGGCUCUCCUCUGCCGGCCGGUUUGCGGCGUGCCCACCGGCUGCCAGUCAGCCUGCGGCCCCAGCCCCUGCCAGUUGGCCUGCUCCAGCUCCUGCUCACCAUCUUGCUGCCAAGACCCAUGUUGCCAACAGUCUUGCUGCCAAGACUCUUAUGGCCAAUCCACUAGCUGCCAAUCAGCUGGCUGCGGAGACUCUUGCUGCAUCCCCACUUGCUGCAAACCAGUCAGCUGCGUCCCUAUGUGCUGCAAGCCAGUCUGCUGCGUGUCCACCCCCUGCCCGCGUGCCCCCUGUGGAGAUUCUCGCUGCCAGUCCUCUUGUUGCGACUCCACGUGUUGCCACCCCACUUCCUGCGUGUCCCUCCUCUGCCACCCGGUGUGCAGCCGCCCGGUCUGUUGCGUGCCCGUCCGCUGCAAGCCGGCUUGCUGCGACUCCAGCUGCUAUGCACCUGCCCCCUGCCAGCCCGCUUGCUGCCGGCCAGCCUCCUGCCUCUCUAUGAUCUGCCGACCUAUCUGCAGCCGGCCCGCUGGCUGUAGGGUCACUCCCGGCCAGAAGUCUUGCUGCUAA